AUGGGAAGUAUUGGAAAAUCAAGCAAAUUUUGUUCUCAUCUUCAAGAAUGUUCUCUUCCUUUAUCUGAAUCGUUAGAGGAUAUUAAGAAAAGAAAAUGUUGUGUCGAUGAUUGUGAAUGUGAAGUUCUUUGGUUAUGUUUGAAAACUGGUUGUAAUUCAUAUUUUUGUGGAAAGAAAACAAACGAUCAUGCAAAUGCACAUUAUCAGUCUCAUAAUGAUCAUUCGGUACAAAUGGCUGUUAACACUAAGAAAGUAUGGUGUGAAAUUUGUAGUAUAAUAGUUCUUACUCAACAACAAUAUCAUGAAAUGAUUAAAGAUAACAGUCAAUUGCAAGCUUAUGUGAUAUCAGAAAAGGCUUUGAGUUAUAUGAGAUUAUUUGAAUUGACAGAUUAUGACGAGAAUGAUUUUGCAAAUGGAAGAGGAAAGACAGGAUUAAAUAAUUUAGGUAAUACUUGUUACAUGAAUGCUGCUAUUCAAGCACUGUCAAAUUGUCCUCCAUUGACAAGAUAUUUUUUGAAUCGUUUUUCCUACUAUGAAGAUGAAUUUGAUGAUCCAGAUAGGUUGUUAUUGAAUGAAAUGACACCUGUUUCUGAAGCAUAUAAUGACUUAUUAAAUGUAUUGUGGAGUGAAGAUAGGAGGUACUCAACUUCACCACAUCAUAUUUUAGGAUUGGUAUCUCGAAGACUUCCACAAUUUGCUGGAUAUGGACAGCAGGAUUCUCAAGAAUUUAUUCGUUGUUUUUUAGAUAUUUUACAUAAUGAGUUACGUCGACCUAUCUACAAAUGGGAACAUGAUUAUGAUGAAAAAAUGAUGUUAAUUCAUAGAGAAAAAGACAUUAGUUCAUCUUCUAAUGAUCAAUCAACAACAAAUACAGAUGCAACAGAUAGUGGUUUAUCAUCUGAAUCAGAAGAGUGUAGUGAUGGAAAUAAUUCUAGUAUAGUAAUAGAGGAAACAAAAAAUAAUUUCGAUUAUAAUCUCAAGAAUGUCAAAUAUAGUAAAAGUAUAAUUUCUGAGAUUUUUGAUGGAAAAUUAAGAAGUACAGUAAAAUGUACAACAUGCAAUUACUUGUCACAUACAACAGAAACAUUUCAAGAUUUGUCUCUUAGCAUUCCAACAUCAGAACAUCUUAAAAAGGUAAAACAAAUUUUAGAAGAUGGUGAAGAAUGUGAAACGUUAAUUUCUACAACACCUAAAAAUAAUGAUAAUUUAUAUAAUUAUUUAUUGUCAUAUAUUUUAUGGAGUGGAAAAUCUUUUAUCUAUCCUUUUUAUUCCAAUACAAUAGGUUUCAUGUAUAAUUAUUUUUUUUCUGGUACUGUUGAUUUAGAAGACUGUUUAGAAUCAUUUUUUUGUCCAGAACAUUUAAAUGGUGAUGAUAUGUAUUCAUGUGAAAGAUGUUCUAAAUUAAGAGUUGGUGUCAAAACAUGUAAAUUAAAAAGUCUUCCAGAAAUUUUAUGUAUACAUUUAAAAAGAUUUCGUCAUGAUCAACAUGGGUAUAAUUUCAAGGUUAAUACAAAAGUUACAUUUCCUAUUUGUAAAUUGGAUGUCAAAAAAUAUAUAGAUAAUAAGAUGUUAACUAAGAAUGCAAGUACACAAUAUGAUUUAGUAUCAUUGAUAUCUCAUCAAGGAGGCAGUUUAGAUUGGGGGCAUUAUGUUGCAUAUUGUAGGAAUGACAUGGAUGGUUGUUGGUAUGAAUAUAAUGAUAGUAAUGUAAUAAAAAGAGAUCAACUUUAUAUUUUAAAUGUCGAAGCAUACGUGUUAUUUUAUCAAAAAAGAGAUGUAAACAGAAAUAUGGAAACAAUUCGAACAAGAACUAUACAAAUUAUUAAUACAUUAAAAGAAAAGUCUUCACGUAAAAAAAAUAAUUUUUUAAUUACUGAUGUUAAAUAUAUUUCAAGAGAAUGGAUUUAUAAAUUCAAUUUGUUUUCAAAUCCAGGAAAUAUUAAUAAUUAUAAUUUUUUAUGUCCACAUGGUUCAAUAUUACCUCCUAUGAUAAAUUCAAUAUCAGAUGUAGCAGUACCAAUUCCAGCACGUUUAUAUCAAUAUUUGUCUUCACAAUUUGGAGGUGGCCCUUCAACAAGUAUUCUUUCAGAAUGUAAAAUUUGCACAGAAAUGUAUCAAUCUUAUUUAAAACAAUGUGUUGAAACACCCGAUAUUUCAGGACAAAAUAAAUCGGUACUUUUUUUUUAA